AUGACAGGAAUAGGGACGUCCUCGUCCUGGACCUCACCACACGCAGAAUGGAAAAGCAAGCUCGAGCGUCUCCAGCAAAAUGGUCAUCACAUCGGCGUCACGAACUCACCUUUCUUCCCCAAGAACCUGACCGAGUAUCUGCAACACAAGACCGAAUACCUGGAUGAUCGACGAAGGGAUAUUUCGAAGCGGGGAGCGAGGAUGAUCGCGAGUAGUGCGGCGGAUACGGAUAUCAAUGUGAAUCACUCGAAGGUGAUUCGGUUUAAUAAGAAGGAAGAGGGACAAUUGGUGCUUAAAGACGCGGGGGACAAGAAGGCGAAAGAGCCGUUUCUGACACUGGGUGAGCCGACAGUUAUUUGGGAUCCAAGGUAUUGCACGUUUCCGGAGCGGAGAGAGGAUCAAGGUGCGUUUGGGCCGUUGACGAGAGCAUCUUGGCCAGAUCAGAAUGAGCUCAAGGCGGAAGGUGAAAAUCGACUGAGCGCGUUUGGAGAGAGACGGUUCCCGCUGCCGAGGAGGGAUGCGUUGUCUGGUGAAGCUGUGAUCGCGGAUUAUGAGGCUGGGAGAUCGGUUGAUGAGUUGGUUCCGUUGAAGGGGGAGAAUAUUCCGUGGUAUAAGAGGGCGGUUGUGGCGUUGGAUGGACUGGAUAAGCUGGAAUCUACGGAGAAGGAGAUCUGGUCGGCGGUCAAGACGUAUAAUGUUGCUGGUCCGUUUUCGCCGGUGAGAUCGAGACUUCCUAGUGGUCGCAAUACUCCUCUUGGUAAACACGGGUCUCCUGUGAGAUCUCCUCGACGAUCACAGACGAAUCUGCGAGCUAAAGCGAACUUUGGAGGUGAAAGUCAUGCACUUGGACUUGGUGGCAUGGUAGCUAAUGCGUUUGAAGGUGGUUAUGUCGAAGGCAGUGAUGGCCAAUAUGUUGGCAUGAUGGGUGACUAUUUCGAGCAAAACGGAAAUGCGACCGACAUGACAGGAUUCCUCCAACCUGCUGGAAGACAUAGAGGACCGGCAGGAAAUUUCACGACUAGUGGCGACCUGGGGACAUUCCAGAUGAACGGCUUUAGAUCCAGCACUGGGAGUCCAAGUACAAAAGGCUAUGCACAUGUGGCAAAUCGAGCAGUUUCUGGUACUCGCAACAAACCAGCGAGAUCCAAGAACGUAAAAGGGAAACCCUCGAAGAGAACUCAAUCGGAGAAUCGUGAUGCUGAGUCGGAAGUUGGGGGUGAAAUCAUAGGAGGUGGAAAUAAAGGGACCGACGAGUUUCAAGGGUUGGAAGGGACAGAAAGGGAGUUGAUCGAGCAGGUAUUUGACCGUAUUUUUGAGGAGGAAGAUUAA